AUGUGACGUCCACUGGCGUCGUUGUUUAUUAGCUUGUGGGCGUGGCUUUGCGUGUGCCUGGCGGAGACGGGAUGUAAACAGCUAGCAUGUUCGUUUUACCCUCCAGCACAGCGACGGACACACACUCCGUGCCGGUGAGACAGGAAGUCUGACGCUCUGCUGACAGCAGAAGGAGAGAGAAUCCUAACGGACAGCAAGGCCUUGAUCCAGUUUGGGACUUCCUGUCAGCAGCAGAGAAGAAGAGGCAGAAGCUGCAGGACCUUUCUAUUCCCAUAUAUCUAAUUGAACAGGUUCAAUGUGUAACAGAUAGGAGUUAGCUCCCGCCUCCAUUCUCGAGCGGGUCAGCUGACCAUGGCGGAGUCCAGCACGGCGGCGCCCACAACGACAGCAGAUGUGAUGGAGCUCAACAAGGAGGAGCCACCUCCUCCCGUGGAUAGCUUCAAAAGACUGAUAGUAACCACGGCAACAGAGGUCACAAGCAGCAACGGCGCCUCCACCGGUCCUCUUCCUGCCAAAGUCCUGGAGGAGGUGGCCACGCCGACGCCGCCCAAUUUGUCCUCGCUGUCUUCUGAAAACGGGACAAUAACCGGCGUCACCACAGAAGAAGAAUCUCUGUCAGUUCUACCCAGACACGUCAAGGCUGAAGGAGGACAAGACCGAGGAGGAGAGACAGGUCUGGACUUGGAGGGGAGCUCCUCUGUGGUGGGCGGCUCCGAUGACAAGAGGGAAUCGACCCAAUCCGCGUCCCUCUCCAUCCCCGGUAUGGAGCUGUCAGACGGGUUCCUGGGCACAAGAGAAUCGAGACAAGCCGUCCUCCUGGACGUGGAGGACGGCUUGUCUUCGUCCUCCAGGGUGGGGGCGGGGGGCGGCUCUCCAUCCGCCAAGGUCCCCCGCCUGAAGGAGGAGGAGACGCCGGAGGCUGCUGAAGGGGGUCCUGUGGCUCCGCCCCCUGUCACCGGCCCCUCCUCCUCCACAGCAGCGGAGGCGCGGCCGUCCUCAGCGGCCUACUACCUGGUGAAGUGGAUCACGUGGAAGGGGAAGAAGACUCCCAUCAUCACUCAGAGUGAGAACGGACCCUGCCCCCUGCUGGCCAUCAUGAACACUCUGUUCCUCCGCUGGAAGGCUAAACUCCCAGCUCAGACUGAAGUGGUCACCACUGAAGACCUGAUGGCUCACCUGGGAGAGUGUGUUUUGUCUGUUACACCCAGAGACAAGGCUGAUGGGAUGGAUCUUAACUUCCAACAGAACAUGAGCGAUGCGAUGGCCGUGCUCCCGAAGCUCUCCACCGGUCUGGACGUCAACGUGCGUUUCACCGCGGUGACGGACUUCGAGUACACGCCCGAGUGCAUCGUGUUCGACCUGCUGGACAUCCCUCUGUACCACGGCUGGCUGGUGGACCCACAGAGUCCAGAGAUGGAGGCUUCUGUCGGGAAGCUGAGCUACAACCAGCUGGUGGAGAAGAUCAUCGACUACAAACACUCAUCAGACAGCAGCCGAGUCAGUGAAGGGCUCCUUGCAGAACAGUUCCUGGAGUCAACAGCAACACAGCUGUCGUAUCACGGUUUGUGUGAACUCAACACGGCGGCUACAGAAGGAGAAAUAUCGGUGUUUUUCAGAAACAACCACUUCAGCACCAUGAUCAAACACAAGGGACACCUGUACCUGUUGGUGACGGAUCAGGGCUUCCUGCAGGAGGGGGGGCUGGUCUGGGAGUCUCUUCAUAACGUCGAGGGAGACGGAAACUUCUGCGACUCGGACUUCAGGCUGUGUCAUCCUCCUCAGAAAGCCCCGCCCACGACCAACCUGCCGCCCAGCGCGCAGGACCAGCAGAGACAGAUCGACCAGGACUACCUGGUGGCGGUGUCCCUGCAGCAGCAGGGCGGGGCCCCGGGGCCCCUCAGUGACCUGGAGUUGGCCCAACAGCUCCAACAGGAGGAAUACCAACAACAACAACAACAACAACAACAGGGGUCACAGGCGGUCAGAGGUCAGGGGUCACAGCCGGCCGCAGCGCGGAGGAGAGAGAAGGACUCUGACUGCGUGGUCCUAUAAACGCGCUCAAUGCCAAACCCCAGUGCUUUUGUUACGCUCCAUUCCUGGUUUAGGAAAUGUUUGUAAAAAUGUAAGAAGUUAAAGUGUCGUCUAAUAAAGGGUUUAACAAGUUGA